CACCACGUGACUGGUCGGAACGGGAUCGGUUCGGGACGUCUCGCAGCACGAAGAGGAGGCACAUGCAAGUGUUUUGUAAGGUAAAGAUGGCUAUUGUAUAUGUCCGCCGAAGCCGGACAUCGGAUCUACACACACUCAGAUUCGUUUCUAUCCUCUUCUACAUGUUGCUGCUCGUCGACCGAUUGAGAAAUGCGGGAAGGGCUCGCUGGACAGCAAGCACGUGAAACAUCUGAAGCUGGUUCUGGAAAACGUCUAUGGUGACGUCACACACCUCAUUCAUCUCGGUUGGAACACCAUUCAACAACUACCACGGCAGGGUCGUGGAGGUUAAUGUUGCCAGGUUCGACGUUUUGGAGCUAUACAGAACCCACACUACCAAGGUUUGUCGUAGCCAAGGACGGUUAUGGCAGGGCGCUACUCUGGACAGGGUCCGGAGUUCGGAGCGCAGGCGUGGCUCAGGGAGGCUGAACCAUGUCCACCAAGCGUGACGUCACUGGGACGUCAUCGACCACGAUAGGCGAACGGUCGCCACGUGGCAUUGGAUACAAGCGUGGCCACAAGGAAUGCCACCACCCACUGACCGGUCCAAGGCCAGGGUCCAGGAUCCCACCUGGACAUGCGGAGCACUGGGCUCCCAUCCCAAGCAGUCAGGAGCACUGCAACCUCUGGAGUGGCCACUCUAGAGGCGAGCUGACGUCACUGGGGCGUCAUCCAAAGGUUUCGGGGAACGGUCAUCCCACCCACGCGAGGGCAGCGUCACUUGGACGCGCACACCUGGAGAAAGAGUCCAAUGGAAGGAUUUUGGGCUCAGCCAACCAACCGGCGAUCUGGUCACCAAGGACGAUGCCAGAUCAUGUGACCACUGCAAGGGCAGCUGGUUAA